CCCAACGGAACUGCCGGAACAACAACAACAUUGUCGCGUUGACGUUAUAUAACAAUCAAAAUAACUAUUGUGUCCAUUAUGAAUCUGGCCGGUAAAGUGGUGCUCAUAACUGGCGCUAGCAGUGGGAUCGGUGCGGCGACCGCACUCAAGUUCUCCCAGCUCGGUGCCUCCCUUGCGCUGAGCGGACGCAAGGUGGACAAUCUGAACGAGGUCGCUAAGCAGUGUACCGGAUCGGCACCGUUUGUUGUGGCUGGCGACAUCACGAAGGAAGCCGACACGGAGCGUAUACUGAAGGCGACCAUCGAGAAGUAUGGCAAGCUGGACGUGCUGGUCAACAAUGCGGGCAUUAUUGAAACCGGUACCAUCGAGACGACCAGCCUGGAGCAGUUCGAUCGUGUGAUGAACACCAACAUCCGGUCGGUGUACCAUCUCACGAUGUUGGCAGUGCCGCAUCUGGUCAAAUCGCAGGGAAAUGUCGUGAACGUGUCCAGCGUGAACGGCAUCCGAUCGUUCCCGGGCGUGCUGGCGUACAACAUUUCGAAGAUUUCCGUCGAUCAGUUUACGCGCUGCGUUGCGCUCGAACUGGCAGCCAAGGGAGUGCGCGUGAACUGUGUCAAUCCGGGUGUAACGGUCACCAAUCUGCACAAGCGUGGCGGAAUGGACGAGCAGACGUAUGCCAAGUUUUUGGAGCAUUCCAGAAACACACACGCCAUGGGUCGGCCGGGACAAGCGUCGGAGGUGGCCGAUGCUAUCGUCUUCCUGGCGAGCGACGCGUCGUCGUUCAUCACCGGCGCUAGUUUGCCGGUCGACGGUGGACGUCACGCGAUGUGUCCUCGUUAAAGGAUCAACCUUCGAUACUUUAUGUAAGAAAAAUAUGCAUUCUCAUCUCAUGUUUGUUACAGUGAUUAAAACAUUGUUUUACUUCGAAUAAACCGUUCGAACGAUAAGUUUGUAGUUGGCUUUCUGUGAAGUGUUGUGAUUAUCCACCCGCUUUAUCGGGGACACAUGGCGUGUCUUCCUCCAUCCACGUUCAGCGUUACACCGGUGAUA